AUGAACAAAAGGGCAGCGGAUGGAAGUGUUGUGAAAAAAGAAAAUUUGACAUGGACAGAUAAUAUGGACAAUGCUCUAGUUGAAGCUCUUGUAAAGGAAGAUGAUAUAGGUAAUCGGGUGAAUGGUACAUUCACUUCGCAAGCAUAUGCGAACAUGAUUGCAGGGUUGAGUAAAGAGUUUAACAAGUCUAUUACAAAAGAUCAACUUAAAAACAGAAUGAAAACUUUAAAAGGUAAUUUUAGUAAAUGGUAUGAUAUGUAUCGGGGUACUUCGUUGAGUGGGUUCUCAUGGAAUUCUCAAACAAAACACAUUGAAGCAGAGGAUGAAGUAUGGGAGCAAUUAAUUAAAGCAAACCCUGAAGCAGCUGCAUUUAGGACCAAAAAAAUUUCAAACUACAAUCAGUUGAAGAUGUUAUUUUCAGAUGAUAGAGCAUCGGGAUCAAAAGCGGAAACAGCAAAAGAAAAAAAUGCCCGUUAA